AGAGAUUUUUUUUUUUUUUGAAGGCGAGUACAGGUCGUGCUGCAAUUAGUUCAUUGAAAACUCAGUUGCUCUCGGAGGCGCCAGGCAGUGGCUGCUUUCGCCUUUUUUUUUUUCUUGCUAUUACGAUCUCCUAUAGGGAGCUGCAACAAUGCCCAAAAGAAAGGCUGCAGGUCAAGAUGAUAUGAAGAAAGAGCCAAAGAGAAGAUCAGCUAGACUUUCUGCUUUGCCUGUGCCUGAUAUACCAGAACCGAAACCUAAAAGAACAUCUUCUCUAAGGAAAAUGAUGACUAAAAAUGAUGAGAUGGAAGAAAACACUAAUACAAAUACCAGAAUGAUGUCUGAAAGCGAUCAAGAAGAAUUUGCCAAGGAAGCACCCAACACAGAAAAUUCUGAGAACGGAGAAGCCAAAAUUAUUGAGCGACCUGUUGCUGAAAAAGGAGCUGAAGAAAUCAAAGUAGAAAAAAAUGAAAAUAUUGAAGAAGUGGAAGGAGAAAAGAAAGAAAAUGAAAAAGAUCAAAAUAAACAAGAUAAACCACAAGAUGGAAAAGGGGACAAAGAAGACAAGAAGGAAGAUGUAAACAAGGAUAGUUAUGGAGAUGAGGAAGAAUCUGGGGAAAAGGUAGAAAAACUGAAACAGAAGGGAGAUGAUAAAGAAGGUGGAGAUGCAAAAGAGAAACAAGAUGGUAGAAAAGAGUCUGGAGGAAAUGGUAGAGAUGGAAGUAAGUAUGGAGACAGAGAAAAAGAGGGUGGAGAUGAGGGAAAGGAUGGAGAUGGAAAAGAAGACAGUGAUGAGGAAAAGGAUGGAGAUGAAGAAGAAGAUGGUGAUGAAGAAAAGGAUGCAGUUGAAGUGGACGAUGAUGGGGUAAAAUAUGGAGAUGGAGAAAAGGAUGGUAAUGGGGAAGAAGAUGGAGAUGGAGGAGAGGACAUUGAUGAGGCAAAGGAUGAGGAUGGAGAAGAUGGUUAUGGGGAAAAGGAUGGAGAUGAAGAUAAAGGAGAUGAGGGGAAGGAUGGAGAUGGGGAAAGUAAUGUAGAUGAAGGAAAGGAUGGAAAUGGAAAUGAUGAAGGAGAUAAAGAAAAGAAAAAUGAACAAGAAGAGGAAGACAGAAAGGAAAAUGCACAGUCAUUUCAGGUCAAUGAAUGGUAUACCAUGUCAUUACUUCAUUCCUUGCUACAGCUGAAUAAUAUGCCAUUCAAUUAUAAUACAUUUUUAUCUUGA